GAGUAGCAACCUUUUUUUCUUUUUCCGCUCCCUUCUUCCCCCAUCCUAUUCCUAACCAGAGUAGUACACGGCGGAAAUUAGGUCGAUUUCAGAUCCACCUUCCUCGCCCGAAAUUACAAGGUUCGUUAACGUCGUCGUCUUCUUUUCAUUGUUAUUAUUUUGAGCUAGCGACAUGCCCCGGGGGCCGGGCAUCGUGGUGGAAGAGGAUUUGUGCCUGCUGGAGUUCGUGCAGUUGCUUUUGGACCACUACGAGCAAGAGCGUUUUCUGGAACAGAUAAGGAAUCAAACCCCCUGGAACUGGAAGUUCAUCGACUUCGAACGCCGUCAAAGGCGGCUGCUCCGUGGGCACACUGAGUGCGGAAGCUGCAUAGGGAAAGAAGAGGCCACGGUCACCAUCCGCUUUUUUCUGGGGUGCCGCAUCUUCUUGGAGGAGCAGGCCUUCUUUGGUGGGAUCAACUUCGACCCUCUGCUCACCAAUCUGUUUCUGUUCCCAGUCGCUGGUGUCGUCGCCAUCGCCUUGAGCGAAACCUGCACCGCGCCCCUCAACCGCAUCACUAUACUCUCUCAGCUCGGCAUGUUAGGAGAAGAAGAGGUCGUGAAAGAUGGGAUUAGGAGGAGGAGGAGGACGAGCAUGUCAGAGCAGGCUGCUCAGAUUGUUGAGCAAGAGGGCGGUCGCUAUGCAGCGCUUUGGAGGGGCAACUUGGUUUCAAUUGCUCAUCGUCUCAGUUUUUACAGCAUCAACAUCUUUGCCUAUCUUGGUUUCAGGGCGCUACUCAUGUGGAGUAGUGUGGCUAUGAAACCUGCGUCUUUGGCACUUGUGAGUGGAGGAUUGACUGCAUUCACCGCCACCUCUGUUUCGCAUCCUCUGGAUACCUUGACAACACGCAUAAUUGCACUACAGCCAAGUAAAAGUAAACGUCAGGAGAGAUCCCGAUAUGCUGGACUGUCGGCCUCAUUAUUGAGAAUCGUUCCAUCCAUGGCAAUUACUUUUACUGUAUAUGAAGGUCUCUCAUUUGCACUGAGUAGACUAAGCGUUCCUUGUCUAGCUUUUGAUACAAUCAUGAUUCCAGGCCAAAUGGUUCUCUUUCUAUGACCGCCAUUGUUGGCGGCACUAUUGCUGGCCUUGCUGCGUCGGCAGCAACAUAUCCCAUCGAUCUUGUGCAAAAGAGAAUGCAAUCAGAAGACGGCGGCCGAGAACGUGAGGGGAGGAGAAGGAGAGGAGUAUGGCAGAUGUUUGGCCAAAUCAUUGAGGAAGAAGGCGUUGAGGGAAUGUACAAAGGCAUUCGACCUCAUUGCUUCAAGACGGUUCUUGGUCUUGCAACUGCCCUCGUCACGUAUGAGAUUGUCAAAGUUGCUUCAUACAUUGCAUUAAGAAAACCCUUACUUUCCUUAGCAAUGAAAUAAUACAGAGCGUUUAUAAAAAAAAACAAAUUCUCACUUAUUAGAUCCAUGCUAUCGUUUCAUUUUGUUUAUUUAAAACAUCUACUUUAUAAUUGAUUGAUAAUAUAUAUUGGUUUCAGACUCUAAUUAUUCUGGUUCUUUCUUCAAAUACCCAAUGUAGAAGGCUUCCAAAUGGGA